UGUGCCUUAGAUUAUGAACCAGUGUCAGACGCUCCACAAACAGAUAAAGAGGACAAAAGGAAAGAGCGCGCAUCUCUGUGCAUGCAGGUUUGGCAGAAAAUAUGACAGACGUGAAGAACGUGUCAUCCUUGGAUGUGCCAGAGGGAAAAUUGUUGAAGAAGGGUUCCAUCAAAAAGAAGAUUGAAUCUCUGAGGCGUUGGAGUUCAGCUAGUAUCAAGAGGCCUCCAAAGCCAAAGGCCAAAACCUUGAGCCUGUCCUCCCCUGUGGGAGACCGUGAUGACCUUUGGCUGCAAGAAGAAGACAAGGGAAAGCUGCGGCCCAUUGUUGCCUCUGUGUUUGGACAGGGGUCCUCUCCUGUAGAGCGAAGCGGGUCCCCGCUGGCAACAGCCGUGCUCGGGGGCCUGAGAGAUGCAGGUGAGAUGGGCACAGAAGAAGACGAGGAAAGAGGGAGUGAGCCGGAAUUCGAUGAGCCGCUCUGCGCUCUGGUUAAGAACUGCAACAUGUUGCACAACAUAGUGGGGCCUGCGUGUGUUUUCCUCAAACAGGGCUUCGCACAGAGCCAGCUCGUAUGUAUGACUACCGCACACACUCUCAAAAGUGUGACACACAUACACACGUGCACGUACACACACUCACACAAAACCCAAGCCAUCAACAAGAGGGUAAACACUUUUUCACACUACUGUAAACUAAAAAUAGUAAUUAUUAUUUUUAUGAUCAAAUCACUUAUUCCUACAGAGUUGCGUGAGGCAUUCAGAGAAUUUGACAAGGACAAGGAUGGCUUUAUCAGCUGUAAGGACCUUGGCGAGUGCAUGAGGACUAUGGGAUACAUGCCAACAGAAAUGGAACUGAUAGAGCUCAGCCAGCAGAUCUGUAGCGGAAAAGUAGACUUUGAAGACUUUGUGGAGUUGAUGGGUCCAAAAAUGCUGGCUGAGACUGCAGACAUGAUUGGAGUCAAAGAGCUGAGAGAUGCCUUUAAAGAAUUUGACUCUGAUGGAGAUGGUCAGAUCAGCCUUGGGGAGCUGAGAGAAGCCAUGAAGAAGUUGAUGGGAGAACAACUAAACCACCGCGAGAUCGAUGAGAUCCUGCGUGAUGUUGAUCUCAACGGGGACGGACAGGUGGACUUUGAGGAGUUUGUCCGAAUGAUGUCUCGCUGAUCGAAGCGUCUAUGCUGCAGUGAAUGGGGACUACACGCUGUUAAUGUUGUAAUUCUUCUUGCUAUACAUUGUUUGUAUCCACCCUUUUAUUCUGUAACAGGUGUGGGAGAACCCUCUGCAUGUGUUAAAGCUCUGCAACAAUGUAAUGUGACUGUUGAGAAUUUGAGUCAUGUAAUGGAAUGAUGUGAAAUAGAAGGGCAGCUGAGCAAGGUAAUGCUCAUGGUCAAAUAUUCUGAAUAGAAUAAAAGUGAUGGAUAAGAAAAUUAAAAAAAACGACUUUUCAUAAAACAAACCUGCUGCUCGCAAACAAAUUUUUCACCAUGACUAACCUCAAUUCAGACUUCAAGACUUUGGACUUCAAUACUGACCAUGUUAAUGUGACUGGUGUAGCAACAUUAACGACAUUGCACGUAUUUUGUUUUAUAGCAGCCACAAAUACUCAGGGGCUCAACAACUAAAGUAAUCCGGUGUCUUUUUUCAUCGCCACAAUUUAGAUUAUGCAGGGGUGUCAAACUCAUUUUUUUACGCGGGCCGCAUUGUAGUCAUAGCUUCUUUCGGAGGGCUGUCAACCCAAAUAAAUGUAUGAGCACCUCAUAUUAUAUACAGUAGAAUCGACAAAACAAACCGGCAAAUAACUCGUUUUCAAAUCAGAUGAGUAAAAACUGGUCAAAUAUUUAAAAAAAAAAAAAAAAAAAAGGUCCUCGCAGGCCACAUAAAAUGAUGUGGUGGGCCGUAUCUGGCCCCCGGGCCUUGAGUUUGACACACGUGACAAAGUGAAUGUGAUAACUAAUGUUUAAGAUGGAAAAUACGGUAUAGACGCCCUAAUUUGCUUCCCUUUGUUGGUAGAAAAUGUUAGAAAAUAAUAAUGUAGAAAGUCAUCAACUACCAUGGUUCUGAGAUUAAAUGUAUCAACAGUAUUUGAAGAAAAAUUGGUAAGAAGUAAAAAAAAAAACUACAGAUGAGAUUGUUACUAUUCACGCUCAUAAUCAUUUCCAUUAAAAACUUCAUUCAAAUAAACAGCUUUUUAUUAAGUUAUGAACUAAAGAAUUGUUGAAAAUGUUUGAAAACAUUUUAAAUAAAAAAUGACUGUUAUGACUACUUCUUCUAAAAUCCUGCUUUUUCACAUAAUCUAUUGGGUUAUAGUAGCACUGUUGGAUGGUACUGUUUUAAGAAAUAUAUAACUGUUUCAAGAACAAAUGCUAUAUUUUUACAGUGUUAGAUGCCAUUACAAAUUAAAUAAAGCACUUUUGUCCAACUAA